AUGAGCGAUAAAUGUAAGAAUGAAAUAAAAGUAGACAUAAGAAAUGAAACAAUUGAGAACACUUUAAGAGAUCUAAGAUUACAAAUAUCAUUAUUAAAACAUCAGAAUUCAAAAAUCAAAUUGCAAUUGAAUGAAGACAUUCAAAAAGGGUUGGCAAUGACAAAAUUGUUACAAAAAAGAAAACCUUUUAAUCGAACAGAAACUGGUGAAAUAAUAUUUCCCGGGAAAAAGGAAAUGGAAUUUAAACUGGAUGUAAUGACAAGAGAAAUUUUGAAGUUAAGAACAGUAUUAAAUGGCUUGAAAAAAGACCGUUAUAAACUAAAUUUAUCUGGAAACAAUAAUAAAACCAAAUUCAACUGUUUUGAGUCUAAUAAUGAAGAUAAUAUAAAUAAAAAGUUAAGUGAAGAACUUUGCGAACAAUAUAACACAAUGAAAGACACAUUUGACAAAAUUGUACUAGAAAUAUCAAAGUACCGGGUACUAUUAGACAUUAAAACAGAAGAAAUGAACGACUAUAAUGCACAGUUAACAAAAACACAAGAAGAAUUUAAUAAUGCAGUCACGACAUUAGAACAGAUAGAAUUGAACACUCAGGGUAAUGUGGAAAAUGCGCGAAACGAAUUUAAAGUAGUCAAUGAUCGCUUAGAUGGUUUGAAAUCGGAAGCCCAACAACAAAUUGACGAGUUAAACGCUACGAAUGAAUCGUACAUGAAUGGUCUACAAGAAAAAGAGUAUCAAAUAGUCCGAUCUAAUAACCUGGACAAAGAAAAGGCAAAGCUGACGGCAGAAUUCGAAUCUGAAUUCAACCGAGUUAAAGAAUAUUUCAAAAAACGGCUAAGUCAAAUAGAAUUUUUACCUGCUGCGUUACAAGCAGUUCAAAAGCAAAUGAUUGUUGAAAAAGAAUUAAGCGCUUCAAUUGAAAAAAAUAUUGAAAUUCUCAGUAAAAAACUAAAAAAUAUUAGCAAUGAUUCUUGUAGCGACUCUCUUAAUAAUACGAAUCAAUUAUUAAAAUCUAAAGCUAAACAUCUUAAAAUCAAACAAGUGCAGUUGGAAAAGAUUUUAGCAGAAAAACUUCGUUGCUGUGAUGAGACAAAAACAUAUAAGUAUCAACAAAAAUCUGUGCUAAGCAAGAUAAAAUCCGAAACAAAGUUAAAAUUAAACGAUUUACGUCGUAUUUUAAAAGCACCAGCUGAGGAAUACUUAAAUACCAUCGAUAAACUUCAAAAUCAAAUAUCUAAAAUUGAGGCAUAUUCUUGUUUUGAAAACGACCAACUAAAUCAUUUGUCUUCAAUCAUGCAAAAACCAAUUGACGCAUUGGCCAGUAUUUUAAAUGAAGCAAUAGAACAAAUCACCACAAUAGGAAAUCUACAGAAUGUACUUACUGACUGUUCUAAAAUAUGUUUGUAA